AUGCUUCCCUUUGCGAUUGUCAUUUGCCAUGGCUCCUAUCAUACUCCCGCUCCAUACCAAGCCCUUGUUGAUGCUUUGACUGCGAAGGGCAUUGAAACAUAUUGCCCCCAACGGCCCACUUGUGAUCUCACUCAGCUUAAUGUUGGCAACCCCAGCAAUCCUGAUUUUGAUCGCAGGGCUCCCCCAGGAGGCUAUCCACUACCUGUAGAUGAUGCAACAGAUAUUGGGCUGUUGCUUGACAAGUUGAUUGCACAGGGGAAGUCCGUACUACUCGCAGGACACUCUUCUGGUGGCUGGGUCGCCGCUGAGGCUGCACAGUAUUCUCGCCAAGCCCCCGUUCGCGCAAGGGAUGGAAAGACUGGCGGUGUCAUAGGGAUCUUCUUCAUCGGAGCAUUUAUUGUUCCGCAAGGCCAAUCAGUGCAUUCCUUCUUCCAGCCCGCAGAUGGCAAAGUUGUUGCGCCUCCAUUUAUGCGAUUCCACAAACACGGUGUCAAUGGCCUUGGCACCAUGGUCGACCCUGAGCAAUUUCUCUUCAAUGAUCUUGAUGCGGCAACCGCGAAGAAGUGGGCAUCCACGUUGACGGCAGCUCCCGUUAUGAUUAGCCCCCUUACCCACAAUCCUUAUGAUUCGCUCCCCUGCGCCUAUCUUGUGUUGGAAAAGGACCGCACAUUACCCAAGGAGUACCAAGAGACGAUGGCAUUGAGUCAGAAGAAGCCUUUCACGAUCUACCGUGCGCCCUGUGGUCACUCGCCGCACCUUAGUUGGACAAAUGAGCUGGUUGCUAAGAUGGAGGAAUUCGGAAGCCUGGUUCUAGCUAAAGCAAAGCAGAUUAAAUAUUCAAAAAUGAAUCUCAUUUGA